AUGGAAAAUGUACGGAUCGCUGAUCAAGAUCCAAAUAUCGAAUUUUCGCCAGAAAUAUAUAACGAAGCGCUAAUAAAGAUUAAAGAUGUUUGCAUUCUGAUUUCAAAUAUAUCAAUAAUUUAUUAUGGUAUGCCCUCACCUAACCACCCAGCAACAGACAUCAUUAACAGCGAAAUUCAGCGUGAACCACAGUUUGAUACGGUCUCUUUAACUACUUUCGUUGAAAAUCACGAGCAACUACUCACUGAUGAAGAAGAAAAUGUAUACGAUCGAAUACAUUUGUCAAUUUCAUCAGAACAAGGUGGAUCCUUUUUUUUGGACGCACCAGGUGGCACUGGAAAAACGUUUCUCAUCUCACUAAUACUUGCGCGAAUUCGAUCACAAAAUCAUAUUGCGAUAGCAAUUGCUUCUUCAGGUAUUGCAGUCACCUUGCUUGAUGGCGGACGGACUGCACAUUCAGCAUUCAAGUUGCCGUUGAACAUUCACACAAAUCCAGAUGCAGUUUGCAACGUAAAAAAAAUUCCGGUAUGGCUAAAGUUUUGCAAAAAUGCAAAAUUAUUAUCUGGGAUGAAUGCACUAUGGCCCACAAGCAUUCACUUAAGGCUCUCGAUAGAAUGA